UUUUGUCCUAUCCUGCCAUGCUGUUGCUUUGAUGCCCAUAAAGGGACACUGUCUUUGCUGGAGUUCUGUCAGGAUUUUGAGACCCUGGCACUUGGGUCAGUCCUGUGGAGUUUGGAGGGCUGCUGAAUGAGUGGGCUGUGCACUGGGAGACUUGGAAAUCUGAGCAUCUUGGAUUUGACCCAUCCUACCCAGCACAAGUUGCCCUCACAUCAUGGUGGAGACACCAAAAGCCGUGAUCCAACUGCUGCCGAAAUCUGAGAAAUCAAAAUAUCACUCACUUCUUUCUGUGAUCUUUUUUUUCCCACUCACCCUCUCAUUGGCCUUCUCUGUCUACGCUUUCCUGGUCCUGGGAAGACAGAAGCCAAAAUACAUUCUAGCCGAGGACAGCGUAACAGUUAGAGAAGUGGACCACCUGAAAAUAGUGAACGUGUCCAGGAUGUGGUAUUACCAGUCAAAACUACUAGCGACCAGUAGUGAAAACAUAGCCAUACAGACGCCUUGGCUGGCUCCCAUCGUGUGGGAUGGGACCUUCCAAAUUAAAAUCCUGAACCAGCAAUUCCGGCUCCAGAAUGUCUCCAUUGGGUUAGUCGUGUUUGCCACCGGAGAAUACGUAGCCUUCCUGAAAGCGUUCCUGCAGACCGCGGAGACGUACUUCAUGGAGGGACACAGGGUGAAGUACUACAUUUUCACUGAUCAGCCAGCUAGCGUGCCACUCGUGAAGCCCUCUAAGGGGAGGCAGAUGGUAAUUCUGGAAGCCCAGGCUUCUGCGCAUCCCCUGAACACCUACAUCUACAGAAUGGAGGUGAUCAGCCUAUUUUCCCAGGAGCGCUUUGCGAAGGAGGUGGAUUACCUGGUCUGUGCCCACGUGAACAUGGUUUUCUGCAACAGCGUUGGCGUGGAGAUCCUGUCCUCCUUGUUUGGCACACUGCACCCUCUGUUCUUUGAAUUUCCGAGGCAAAUGUUGGCCUAUGAAAGGCAACCUCAGUCACAAGCCUACAUUUCUGAGGACGAGGGAGAUUUUUACUACUCGGGGGCCUUCUUUGGGGGAAAGGUACUGGAGGUUUACAGGCUCACCAAGCUGUGCUACCAGGCGAUGAUGCUGGACCAAGCCGCUCACAUCCAGGUCAUGCGGCAUGAUGAAAGCUAUUUGAACAAGUAUCUUCUUCACAACAAACCCACCAAGGUCCUCUCUCCUGAGUACAUGUGGAAUAAGGAAUUUCUGAACAGACAACGUUUUCUGGAAGAGUUUAUAAACGGGGAAAUGUUUGUAAGAAUCAGCAAAUAUCCCUGGACUUACACUUACCAAGACUUCCAGGGGGAUCCCGAACAGGGGUUCCAGGGUAAUAUGAGGGAUAUGCUAUGCUGAGUCCAUUUGGAACCAAACUGCUGAGGGAGAGGAAUCUUUGCAGUGAUGCUUCUUCCUGCUUUGUUGUGUUUUAAAAACAACAACAACAACAACAGCUAAAACCAGUUUUUAUCACAACAAUUCUAAUAAAGCAGCCGUGGAUCA